UGCACCACGUUCCAAGUAGUUCGUUAACAUCUGCAGCCUGCGGCGUGUGUCGCGUGCGCGAUCGCAGACGACUGGAAACUAAAAGGAGGGAGCGGCGAGAAAGAUCGAUCGACCAUGGCACCGGAGCUCACCAUGCUACCCGGCGACGUCAUCGCGGAGGUCCUCCGGCGCCUGGAGCCGCACAGCCUGGGCUCGUCCCGGCGGGUCUGCAGGGCGUGGCGCGACACCGUCGACGCCCGCCUGCGCGGCCACCUGCUCUCGCGCUCCGUACGCGGCAUCUUCAUCAACUUCCCCCGGUUUACCUUCUCGGAGUUCUUCUCCCGCCCCUCGACGGGCCCGGCGAUCUGCGGAGGGCUGGACUUCUUGCCAUGCACGAUGGGCGUCAAGGUCACGGACCACUGCAACGGGCUCCUGCUCUGCCGCGAUCAGAGCCCCGACGAUGCACGGCCGUGCGAGUACGUCGUCAACCCGGCCACGCGUCGGUGGACGCGUCUGCCCCAGCGUCCUCGGCCGCACGUGCCGGGGUCCGGCCAGACCGCCUACCUCGCUUUCGAGCCCGCCGUGUCGUCGCACUACGAGGUCUUUCUGAUCCCAUGCGUGCCAGCCGCCGACGAAUCAGACGACGACGACGAUGACAACCCGUUGCUCGAGUCAGAGUGGCCUCCCGCAUCAUACGUGAUGCAUGUUUUCUCGUCCGCGACUCAGCGGUGGGACGAGACGACCUUCCUUCGGGAAGGGGAGGCUGCAGGGAUCGUCGCCAACAUGCACACGGAUUCAGAGGACGAUCGGUAUCGUUAUCGUGCCGUCUAUUGGCAAAGCGCGCUGUACGUCCACUGCCAGCAUGGCUAUCUUACGAGAAUGUCCUUGUUAGAUCACACGUACAGUGUAAUUAAGCUACCGAAUGCCAAACAUCCCAACCGCCAUCUGGGGCGAUCAGUGAGAGGGGUGUAUUUCGCAAUAUCUUGUAGUUGGGAUGGAUUUCUUCAGCUUUGGUAUCUCAACGAAUCAUGCAGCCGAACAGAGUGGGUGCUAAAACAUGAUACCCAUCUUCAGAUAUUUGAACAUGAGGACCAACUGGGCAGGCGAUGGAUCUUACAGGAUGUUAACCAUCGUAAGUGGUUCUUUGAGCACAAUGGUAACAAAUAUGGAGAUUACAGAGCGCCGGUGGAAGAGAAAUAUGAUUGGAACUCUGACGAGGAUAACAUCAUUGACAUUGAAGACAAUGCUGGAGAGGGAUAUCACGAUGGUCUUUACUUUCUUGGAUUUCAUCCUUAUAAAGAGAUUGCCUUUUUGAUUUCAUCAGGGAGAGGAGCAAGGGGAAUGGCCUAUGAUUGGAACAACUUAAAAUUUCAGGACCUGGGCAAUGUGUGUCCAGCAGACUUCGAUCCCAGCUGCGGGCUACCACGCGGAGAGACGGACACAGCUUUCCCGUACACGCCCUGCUGGAUAGGCGAGUUUCCUGGAAACGAACUAGAAUCGCUACUUGAAGAUGAGGAGCUAUCUAUGAAAAAGUUGGAACUAGAAGAGGAAUCCAACUUUACCUGUAUGGACGAGUAUGAGUUGCGCAAGUUCUGUGGGCACGCCAAGAGGGUCAAGGACCGUACCGCCAAGAUUCGUCACAGGCGCCGUACAACGGCUCGGUAGGAACAUCAUCUUCACCGACAUGAAGGCCAAGACGAUUCUCACAAAGGCGGCCAAGUUUUAGGGUUUAGGGCCAAGGCAAUUCCCAUUGCCAAGUUUGACCUUUGGCAAGCUACUGAUGUGCACGUAUCAGACUCAUGUCAUGAGGCCCUUGCAUUGUAACUUGAUGGCGCAAUGGAAAACAAAGUUUUUGACCCAUUUGGAGAACGCCAACCUUGUCCACCACUAAUUCUGAAGGGCAUAUUCAUUAUACAUACAUAUAUACUCCCUUUGUUCCUAUAUAUAAGAUGUUUUGGAAGUUUAUCUUGAAUUGGCAAAACGUCUUAUACAGAGGUAGUAGUACUCGAAUAAAAGACGCGCAUUGCCGCAUCCGAUCCUCUAUAAGUGAGGUGACAAUAGAUGAAUAAAUAGUACAUAUGACAAAGUUUCAGUUUCUGAAUUUAGACUUUAUUUUGUCAUUUCUAAUCCUAUGGGGCAUGAAGCACGUCGGUCAGAUUUUUUUGCGGGGGCAUUUCAGUCAGAUUUUAAAGACAGAA